AUGGAAACAAGAAAAGCAAGGCAUGCCCAAUGGUGUCAUUAUGGGAAGUUAGCACCGAUGCAGACUUCUUGGACCAGUUCAAACCCAGAGCGGAGAUUUCUAGGAAGUGGAGAAAAAGGAUGUAGGUUUUUUCAGUGGUUUGAUGCAGAAAUGUGUGAGCAUUCAAAGUCUUUGAUACCUGGUUUGCUAAGGAAGAUUGAUAGAGUGGAGAAGGAAAAUGCAAAGAUUCGAGCAAAGUAA